GACUGGCUCGCCAAGAGCUGCGAGGAGGUGGCGUCCUUUGGCGAGGAGGAGGUUCUCACCUGGGCCAAGGCUGUGCUGGCGGCUGGUGGUCUCAAAGGCCCUGCAGAAAACACCAAGAAAGGCAUUGGCCGAGUGCUGAAGAUUCUCAGCGAGAACGAGGUAACCGGCAAGUCCCUGCUGAAGCUGACGCUGGAGAAGCUGAUGGCAGAUGGAGUCCCACGGGGCCCAGCGGAGCUUCUGGCUGAGAAGAUCCAGCUGCUGAACGAGCCCCAGGUUGAGCUCCCUCGUUUUAACGCCGCAGAUCUCUCGGACUUGGAAGACCGCUUUUUGAACCGCCGAAUCAACAACAAGAAUGAGAGGCCUUUUGAGGAAAGAGAGGCGGUUGUUGAGAGUGUUGUGGAGCAAAUGGAGGAGAUCCAAAGGAAACAGACCAACAAGCCGACGGUCUUGGCCUUGUACAGCCCGCGGGGCACCGGCAAGACAUCGCUCAUUCGUCAUUUGGCGAAGGUCUCAAACUUUUCCGAAAGUCGACGGUGCGGGCGGCUCUUGGUAUUUGAUGCGCAAGAAAUUCCAGAGUUAUCGUCGCAGGAAGAUGCCGGUUGGAUUGCUUCUGCCAUCGUCGUGUGGCACCUGUCACAGUUGUUGCACGGGUACAGCAUUGAAGUGAGUGGGCUCGUGGUGAGUUUUCAGCGCAUGGAGUUCAUUGCAGCGCUGAAGGCCGUCAAGCGUGUAUCGACACCAAAUGAGGGACGCAGCAGCUUUGAAGUUUGGCUUGGCUCAUUUUGUCAAGAAAGGAAGGAUGUCUUCGAGCAGUGGCUUCUGGUGACGGCUGCAGCCUUCAAUGCAACACCAGCCUGCCCUUGCUUACUGUUCCUCGAUCAGGCAGAGCUGCUUGUGAACAGAAAGGUCGAUGAACUGAGCCAACAUCGUGGACAGAAAUCGGUCUUCACCCAAAUAUUGAGCCGAUUCCCGCAGGGGCUUGGCAUGUUUUCCGCAGGCACAGUCAAUAUCCUGCAAGAUAGGCCAUCCGACGAGUACACCAUGCUGAAGGUCCAGAAAGCUCCAGCUCUAGAGCCAUUGUCACUGCAAGCUGCCAGACGAGCCAUGAAAGGCUGGAGGGGUACGCAGUACCAGGAGGAGGAAUUCAACAACAUUUACCUCUUCUCUGCCGGGGUACCCCGGCUUUUGGAGGUGGCUUUCCAGACCAGGGGUGAGUUGGCAUCAACUGCUCAGGUUGCACUCAACGCCAUGUCGAAUGAGUUCGAAAGCUCGUACGCGGAUGCAGCGCCUUAUUUCGCUGAGCCCAAAGUGGCUUUGUCGUUGGUUCUUUGCUCGGCGGUUCGAUGGCCUGCAGAAGGCAACCAGUUUGUGCCCGGAACCUCACUAAGGUGGUCAGACAUCUUCAGGGCAGGAGCAGCGUUUCCAAAGAACAAGUCCGUGCUGGUUCCACGGCUGUGGUGGUGUAAGGAUACCAAUGUCAAAGACGCCCUCCAAAACGACUUGAAACAGCGAAACAUUUCGUUGGAAGGGCUCCUGCCAGAUUUGCUGAAUUACUUGAAAAGGGGCGCCACUGAAAGGGGGCGCCCUUGGGAAGAGCUGGUGGCCAAUUCCCUGGCUGCGCGCUUCCACCUUCACUGCAUAGCAAGAAAUCUGAGUGCUAACGUCACCUGGAUCCCGUUUUUGGAGAUCUACCCUACGGAGGAUCUGCACUUGCGAGCUGUCUUGGAGCCGUUCGAAGUUUGCUGGAGUGAUGGUGUGGAAUACCCGACGGACAAUGAAGCUAGUGUCGAAAGCAAGGUCGGGAAGGCCAUCAAGUCCAACCGGAAUAUCAAGAAUGCUCACCACGACCUUUUGAUCCCUGUGAAGCGGAAGGCGACUCCUAUGCUCGAAUUCAUUGCAGUGCAAUGCUGCUAUGGGUUGCUGAAGAACGCAAGUCAGCUGUCCAAAUCAUGCCAGGACAAGACUAGGAAGCCUCGGAAGGGCAGGAAGGGAGCGCAGGGCAGGAAGCCUCAAAAGGAGGAGCACAGAGACGACCUUGCAGACAUGGCAAAUGCGUUGCUCCAGAUUUGCAGCACAUGUGAAGACGGCAGACAAAAAUUUCAGGACGGCUCUUCCUGGGCCAAACGCCAACAGGAGAAGAGAUACUCUCUCAUGAGUUGUAGGUGUAUAAUCCCAGAGAUGGACGUGUUGCAGCUGCUGUGA